CCUCUCCUCUAAGCAUCUGUACGAGCUUUGAGUGGCCAAAGGCUUUCAAAGUUUCAACUUCAACUUUCAAGUUUCACAAAUGGCGAUAUGGAUUCUGUUUCAUUUUCUUGUCCUUCUUCUAUUAGAGCUCACCAACGCGAAUGUGGAGGGAGAUGCUCUUUAUGCAUUGAGAAGAGCUGUUAAUGACCCACAAUACGUCUUGCAGAGCUGGGAUCCUACGUUGGUGGAUCCAUGUACUUGGUUUCAUGUCACUUGUGAUGCCGAUAAUCGGGUCACCCGACUUGACCUUGGAAACGCAAAGCUGUCGGGCAAUCUAGUUCCCGAGUUAGGGAAGCUCGAGCGUCUUCAGUAUUUGGAGCUAUACAUGAACAAGCUAGUGGGACCAAUACCAAGUGAACUAGGAGGACUCAAGAGCCUAGUAAGCUUGGAUCUUUAUCACAAUAACCUCACUGGUCACAUCCCUCCAUCACUUUCCACCCUCUCCAAUCUCAGAUUCCUGCGACUGAACCAUAACAGGUUGACCGGAAGAAUACCUAGAGAGCUUACCAAGCUUGGAAACAUCAAGAUUCUAGAUGUAUCAAACAAUGAUUUGUGUGGUACAAUUCCAACCUCGGGCUCUUUCUCUAAGCUCACAGAGAAAAGUUUUAUGAAUAAUCCAAGACUCGAGGGACCUGAGCUAAUGGGAUUUGUAAGAUAUGAUGUAGGAGAUUGCAAUUGAAGAAACCAAGUGACAACUGGUUUUGGUUGUGUGCGGUGGGAAGUGCCUUAUUUUGAAAAAUAUCUAGUACUGUCAAUACUACUUAGACCCCAAAGGAGCUUCCUUAUAUUAAUUCGUAUAUGUAAAGAUAGAGCUUCCUUGAAAGGAGAAUCUCAUCUCCAGGCC